AUGGCUUCCUACGGUGGCAGCAGCAGCAUGAUGAACAACUACAACGACACGCGAGGCGCGCUUGACCGGCAGCAGCAGCAGCAACAACAACAAAAUCCCGGCUCGCGGUCAUUACCGUACCGCGGCCCCGGCGGCGGCAGCAACAGCAGCAGCAAUGUACGACCCGGCGGACGGUUCGCACCCCCCGUACAGGACCCCAGCCAGGCCGAGCCGUGGCACCAGAUCUCGGACGAGCACCGCAGCGAGAUCAGCGACUGCUUCGGGCUGUUCGACAUGAACAAAGACGACGAGCUCGACUUCUCCGAGUUCCGCUACGCGCUGCAGGCGCUGGGCCUGAGCCACGUCGCGCGGCCCGAGCUGGUCGCCGCCUUCCGCGCCCGUGCCCACCCGCGCCCGGACUGGUCGCCGCUGCCCGCGAUCGCGGGCCAGCCGCCGCCGCCGCAGGCGCCCGGGGUCGUCGACCUGCGGCUGUCGCGCGAGGGCUUCCAGGCUGUGGCCGCCGAGUACAUGGCGGCGCGCGACCCACGCGAGGAGCUGCUCAAGACGUUCGGGCUGUUCGACAAGGGCGGCAAGGGCGUCAUCACGGUCGACGACCUGCGGUCCGUCGUCAAGGAGCUGGGCGAGGACGUGCCCGAGAACGAGCUGCAGAGCAUGAUUGAGCAGUUCGACGUCGAGGACAAGGGCGGCGUCGGGCGCGAGGAGUUCCUUAACAUCUUCCUGAGCGGCUGA